AUGAAGGUAUCGUCGGUGGUACUCGUCUCCUUGUUAGAGGCGGUCUGGGGGAUCAACGUGGGACAAGGCUAUCAACAUCCAAUCGAGGGUGCUCCGAAUUAUGAGACUAAACGGGCAAGCAUACCAGAUCUUGACAAGGACCUUCCCUUCUCUCAGCCCGUGACCUUCGCCCAUCUCGAAUGGCAACGCUGUCUAGCGGCCAAUCAUGAACAACCUCUCGAUAUUGCCAUUCUCGGAUUCCCCUAUGACACAAGUACCUCCUAUCGCCCCGGUGCUCGCUUCGGCCCCCGCGGCAUCCGCGCCGGUUCUUCCCGUGAGAAGAAAGGCCGCAGCUAUAACACCGUCUGGGGUGUGGACCCAUUCGAGGAAGGCCUCAGCAUUGUAGAUUGUGGAGACAUCCCCAUCACCCCGUUUGACGCUGCUCAUGCGUUCAAGCAAAUGGAACAGGGAUAUCGGCAGGUUCUAUACCAUUCAACCAAUACCUCCAAAACCGCGCACAACACUUGGACCCAUCCGCGGAUCAUCAGCUUGGGUGGCGAUCACUCGAUUGUCUUGCCGAUCUUGCGGUCUCUGAAAACCGUCUAUGGGCCGAUCUCGGUGAUUCACUUGGAUUCGCAUCUGGACACCUGGGACCCAUAUGAAGGGUACACGGGCAUUGCAUCCGAGCAGUCUGCAAUCACCCAUGGUACAUUCUUUUGGCAUGCGAGCCGAGAAGGAUGCAUUCACAAGGGAGCCAGUGUGCAUGGCGGCCUUCGAACCAAGUUGUUUGGGCUGAAAGACUAUGAGAUUGACAGUGACGUUGUUGGCUUUCACCGGAUCGAGGCCCGCGAGAUUGAUGAUAUUGGGGUGAACGGGAUCAUCCAAAGGACUCUGGAUGUCGUCGGGAAAAAUCCAGUUUACUUAUCAAUCGAUAUUGACGUACUUGAUCCAAGCAUCGCCCCCGCUACAGGAACCCCCGAAUCAGGUGGCUGGACUACGCGGGAGCUGAAGCGAUACAUUAAGGGCCUGGAGGGCCUGAAUUUGGUCGGCGCAGAUGUUGUAGAAGUCAGUCCUCCCUAUGACUCGACGGCGGAGAUGACCUCAGUUGCAGCGGCAGAUUUGAUCAUCGAUAUUUUGGCGGCGAUGGCCAAGAAGAAGACACCGGAUUUUGAUACCAGCGCCUCUCCUAAAUAUGAGCUAUAG